CUCUCACUCUACAACUACUUCAAAAACCGCGGACCUCCUCCCUUCCAAAUGGAGUGCUAAAACCCAUCCAAUGAUCGAUUUCUACUGCUCUCCCUCGACAUGGAAGCUGGGUCGCUGCCGCCUGAGGAUUCCCGGCCCCUAUUUGGAGCAGGGCUCAAUAAUAUUUGGAAUACUUGCUUCCUUAACGCGGUUCUUCAGUGCCUCACCCACACGGUUCCUCUCGUGGAGAAACUUCGGGCAUCUGAUCACUAUUCUACUUGUUCUGCCGGUCCUGGGGAGUUCUGUGCUCUCUGUGCCUUGAGACAUCACAUUGACAACUGCUUGUACCUCUCAGGAUAUGUUUUCACGCCGAAACACUUUGCCAGUAAUUUGAGCAAAAUAUUAUCCGAGUUUGAACUAGGCAGCCAGGAGGAUGCCCAUGAGUUCCUCCAAUGCUUGCUGAUCAGGGUGCACGACUGCUGCAUCGGCCUUGUCUCUGGAAACCAGUUGCUGUCUGUGGGAGAUGAUACUGACAGCCUUAUCAAACAGGUCUUUGGAGGCCGUGCAAUAAGCCGGCUGCGAUGCUCUGAUUGCGGUCACGUAUCAGACACGUUCGAGUCCCUGCUGGACCUCAGCUUGGGGAUUGAUGGUAUGGCUAGCCUCACAGAGGCACUGGAAUCAUAUACUAAGGUUGAGAUGCUCGAGCCUUCAGAAUGUGAUGGCUGCCAUGCCAAAGUACCGAAGGAAAAACAGCUAAAAUUGGACCAAGCACCACAAGUUGCUUUAUUCCACCUAAAGAGGUUCAAAAUGGAUGGUGCUGGUGUUUGCAAGAUUAAUAAUUUGGUGGAGUUUCCAUUGGAUCUGGACUUGCAGCCCUUCCUUAGCUCCCCACAAGAUGAAGAGCAGUUAAAUUAUGAUCUAUAUGCUGUUGUGGUGCACCAUGGAAAUAUGGAUAGAGGUCAUUACUUCAGCUUUAUCCGUUCAUCUCAGUCUUCAUGGCACCUAAUGGAUGACGCUGAUGUGGCCAGAUGCUCUGCAAUGCAAGUCCUUAAUAUGCCGGCAUACAUGCUCUUCUACAUAAAGCAGGGGUCAUCACCCUGGAUCUCAAGUUUCAUAAGGGAUUGGAGAGAUAAAAACUUUGGUUUUGGGGAGUCUAGCAGAAGAAGCAGCUCCAUGGAUUCACCAGAGACAAGAGAGGAUCAGAGUCCAGGCACAGAUGAUACUCCUGAAUCUGUUAUAUAUGAGGUAGAAGGUGAUAGCAGUUCAUCAGCUCCCCUUAGACCUUGCAACCAGGGUGGCAUCAGUUAUGGGGCUGAAAAGAAGCCUCCAUUAGAUGAAGUAAUGAAACAAUCCGCUGUAAGAUUUGGCUCUGAGGAAUGCAUCUUUUGUGUUGGUGUCUUCAAUGAAGAGACUUCCACAUCAUUGACAGAAGAUGAUCAAGAGGAUCACCAAGAAAGCCACGGGAGCUCAAUGGAUGUUGAGUCAACAGCCAAGGAAGCCACAAAGGAUAGAGCAGGAAAUGAGAUGCUCGGAAGCAUUCCUAGCUUGCAGAGGUCAAGCUUUCGAUCCUGUCUAACACCACCACACUGGUCACAUAUACCACGACCUCUCAUUUUGAGGAACCCACUUCCCAUGAAGAGGCAGCGCAGAGCACUCUCAGAUCUUGAUAACAUCCCUUCUCCAAGCCCAGUGACACCAGAAGUCAACAUGCAGCCAGAGCCUCAGUCCUUGCUCCAUCAGCAUGACUUCUUUCAAGACAACUCAUAAAUAAACUCCCAUCUUGAUCCCAGUGAGACUGAUCAGACUCCAUAGACAACUAACCUAGUAGCCAUGAUUUUCCUAGUUAACUUUAUCAAGGCCUGCAUAAAUGGCAUUAUGUUGUUCUCCUAAAUCUUUACAGUUCCAUUCCAUCUCCUAAUCAAUGCACUCAAAUUCCCCCUGACUAGAGUUCUUAUGUGAAUUAACUAGUUCCAAACAAUCUAUGAUUUGAGUUCCCUUUCUUUACAGACAAUAUUUUUAGUCAUCACUAGGAAUUCUUUUCUGUAUCAUAUUCACCAAACGAACGAAAAACUACAGCUUAUAGUUAAACUUUGUCUUCCCCCUCUUCUAAGAUUGUUUAUGAUCUGAAUGGAUCUCAACAAGUGUGUAAUUUACUUUUUUAUUCCCUUCUCUGCUGCGACUAUUGGAACUAUUUAUCAUCUGUUUAUAUAGGGCUGAGUACUGCACUAAACUGUUCCGUCCGGUUGCCGUGAGGAAUCAUGCAAUGGUGGAGAAGAUAAUAGGCGAUCAGCUCAAGAAACUUCAUGAUAAUAUUCUUUCCAUCCUUGGAUGAUUUAGUCUGUUCAGGGGUUGUGCUAGUAUUUGGCGGUCUGCUUUUGGGCAGCCUUGAGAAGGUUGGGUUUCAGUCUUAUACUCUUAUCCAACCUUGUCCCUUUCAAGGCUUCAAUCAUAAGAAAGCAUCAUGUUCUACUGGAUAGCUCUCUGCAGUACGGCCCACUCCCACUACAGCUUGCAGAUAAUAUACAAUGAGAACUCUCAUGGCAUCCAAUAGAAGUUUCCAGCCUUCUUAUAGAAAUGGAGUAAGAACAGUCAUAUUGAUUAAACAAGCAGAACAUAUCGAGUCAAACAUUUAAAAUAUCAAUUAAGAUAAAAUAGGUCGACAGCCGCAGAUCCAUGUAGCUUGAGGUUGAGCAGGCUGAAUAAUUCAGUACUCAAUGUCUGCUCUGAUGUGUUUUUUGCUCUUUUAGCGGACCAAGUGCUCAAUAUGAAUGAAAACAAGAAAUCAUGUAUCCAUGUAAUUUUGAGGUUUGGAGCAGAGUUCUGAAUAAUUCAGUACGCGGUGUCCACUCUUAUGUGUUUUGCCCUUUUAGUAGACCAAGUACUUAAUAUGAAUGAGAACAUUACUUCUGUUUUGCAACUUGUCUCCAUGAGAAUUUAGCUGACUGGUUAGCCAACAUAGGAAGAAAUCAAUUAAGGGGGUGAUCUAUUUUUAACUUAUUUCCUCCUCCGCUCUUAAGCUUAUCAUGUAAAGGAAAAUUUCUUUUACUCAACUUAAUGCUUCGGUUUCUUUUCCCUUGGCAUCUGGUUCAACACAAAAAGCUUAUUCUAGGACAAAUGUUCACAUCCUCCUUGGCAGUGAAACUAUUUCACAUACAAGUUAAAUCCAUUUGAGUCACAGUGAAUAAAUAAAUUGAUCACAUAUUGUGCUAAAAUUAUUGGUUACAGAAACGGAACUAGUCAGAUUUCACUAACAAGACCAUAAUUAUUUACAAUGAUGCCCACCAAACAAGAAAGUAAAUAAAAUUGCACAUUCUGUUAAGAUUAUCCCUACAAAUAUUCCUUUAAGCUGAACAGAAUCCACCAUUCUUUUCAUCAAACAAUGCAUGGUUCAUCAUAUCAGCAUUCCUUGGUACUAGCGGAUCUCUGGCCAAUGGCAUAAGAAUAUCCAAGUUAUGAGCUUAUGAUGCAUUUGAACCAUCGUAUACAUCCAGGCAUACGUGUUGAACCAAUGUACUCAGGCAACUGGAGUUUUACUACUUUCACAGUGGUGCACAAUGAAUAAUUGCAAUCUCUACCUAAUGUAACUCAAUCAAAAAUCAGUAGCCAAGAACCACAAAGAAACUGAGCUUUCUUUUACGAAGCUUUCAAAGAAGCACAAUUCCAUGGAACAAAACCAAGCUUCACUUACAUAACCCAGAAGACUCUUAAAAUCUGUCACUGAUGCUCAAAUAAAAACUUCAUGGUUAGGACUGAAAUGGAAAUUUUCAAUUGUCCAUGUUUAUUUAACAGCAGGAUUUUUCUGCAGUACAGCAUGAACUGUGGACCGUCUGAACCUCCUUACAUGAUAGAGCUCAAACAUAGGAUGCCUUACUGAGGGUUCAAAUGAAAACAAAAAAGGAAAAAAAAA